UACAAGGUUGAGCAGUUGUAAAUUCUUCAGUCUACAACCGUGCCUCAUCAUAAAAUAUACAGCUUUAAGGUCGGAGAAGGAAAAUCUUUGCAUCAUGCCUGUUUCACAAAGUUCUACUUUGCUGCUUAGUGUGACACUUUUAUUCACGAUUCAGUUGUUAUCUUCAGUUCUUGGAUUUGAGAAAUCUAAGAACUGUGCUGAGCUUUACAACUCUGAUCAAAGAAUCAGCGGUGUUUAUACAAUCUAUCCUGAUGACGAAGCUCCCUUUGAUGUAUAUUGCGACCAGACAACAGCUGGUGGAGGCUGGACAGUGAUCCAAAAGAGACUGAAUGGCUACGUUGAUUUUAACCGCACCUGGGAUGACUACAAAUAUGGCUUCGGUAAUUUCCUCAUAGGUGAAUAUUGGCUUGGAUUGGAAAAGAUCCGCCGCUUGACUGAAAAUAAGACAGACAACAGGCUUCGAGUAGUUCUUGGGGUAAACGAUACGAAGCUACUAGUUCCUACAAACACUUUGUACGCUGAAUAUGCGUGCCUUAAAAUUGGAGACGAGGGAGCGAAAUACCAGCUGCACCUUGGAAAUAUUACAAAUAAAACUGUUCAUGGCGAUUCUCUCAGUUAUCAUAAUGGCUUCGAGUUUGGUACAUUUGAUAAAGAUGAAUGUGCGUCAAAACGUGGAGGAGGCUGGUGGUACAAACCUGACUGCGUUGUUAACUCAAAUCUCAACGCUGUUUAUAACAGUAAGAUCUCUUGGGGAAUGCUAGAUCCCGCCAAUGCUAAAGGAAGUGUUCCUAAGACAACUGAAAUGAAGAUCAGACCUAUGAACUUUUCUUCAAAUACAUUUACUCAUUAG